AUGAGCCAAAGUAUAGUCAGUAUAUAUAAGGUCAUCAGUGGCAAUGGCUAUUCGUACUUUAUUGCAGAUGAUGAUGGUAAUAUUCUUCCAAAGGCAUACAAAUACUAUGAACUACAACGUAUUGAAUCUACCCAACGGUUUCAUACAGAAUCUAGACAGAGAGAACCACGAAUGACAAAUAUGGAACGUCGAAAUAAAAGAGAAUUGGAAGAAUUGGUUGACGAACAAGAACAACUAAGGAAAUGGUACCGAGAUUACUAUGCCAAAAACAAACAAGCUGAAAGGAAACGAUAUCGAGACUAUUAUGCUGCUAAUACCGAGGCAGAGAAGGAGAGAGCUAAAAAGUACAAGAAAACUAAACAAUCAGGAGACAAUGUUUAG